AGGGGGCACCCAUCCAUAGCACAACCACCAUCCUUUCUAUAGCCAAAAUGGCUAAGAUGGCCCCUCUCUUUUCCACUCUUCUAGUGGUACUAGUCUCUCUUAGCUUGCCCCUUGAAUCUUCAGCAAACGACGGUUACUAUGCUCCUCCGCUUCCCAAGAAAUCUCCUCCCCCGCCGUCCCUGCCGCCCCCGACUAUUCCCUAUCACUACAAAUCACCACCUCCGCCUCCGCCUCAUCCCUACCACUACAAAUCACCACCUCCGCCUCCGCCGGUCCCCAAGCCCUACCCUCCUCCAGUCCCCAAGCCCUACCACUACAAAUCGCCACCGCCUCCACCUCCCGUUUACAAGUACAAGUCCCCACCACCGCCACCUCCCGUUUACAAGUACAAGUCCCCACCGCCUCCACCUCCCGUUUACAAGUACAAGUCCCCACCACCGCCACCUCCCGUUUACAAGUACAAGUCCCCACCGCCUCCACCUCCCGUUUACAAGUACAAGUCCCCACCGCCUCCACCUCCUCCCGUUUACCAGCCUCCAACACUUCCACCUCGCGUCCACAGGCCACCACCCCACCCUUACACUUAUGCAUCACCUCCUCCUCCUCACCACUACUAGAGGUUGAGCUUCGAAACACUCUCGAAAGGGCAAGUUGAGUCCUUUAUCGAAGAAAUAAAGAAAAUGGAUACUGAAGAAUCCUAUACAAAAGCGAGAGAGUUUCAGCGUUUGCUUUGGGCCUACUGAGUUGGACAAAGAACAACUCGACAUCUAGAAUGGCUUUUUCCUUCCCGUUUUCAUGUACUUUGGCUUCUUCUUAGAGGGUUUGUCGUAAUGAAUGGAAUUUGAGCUUUCAGCCUCUGUGAAAAUUCCGAGGCUGAUCCAAUCAUAUAAUAAAAUAAAAAUGUUGUGUUGUCCCUUAA